AUGACAACUCCGUCUACUAAGUCUGUAGCAACUUCUGCGGAUAGUCUGCUGACAGAUUCUAAUAAAUUCUCAUGUAACGAAUGUAAGAGGAGAAGAAUGAAAUGUUCAAGAGAAGUACCUGUAUGUGCCUCGUGUUUAAAGUAUAAAAGGCAUUGUUUGUAUGAGAAACAUUGCAAAACUCCUUUAACUAGGAAACAUUUAACUGAAGUUGAAGAAGAAUUGAAUAUUGUGAAACAAUUGUUGAUGAACUAUAUUUCUGAUGUUGAACUCUCAAGCUUAUUACUGAAAGUGAGGAAUGGAUCUAACAUUAGUGAUAUUCCCGAAUUUACUACAUAUUUGGAUAAAGUUCCACGCAAAAGAAAGAAACUUGUAAAUGAAGGUCCUGAUUGUGACAGAAAUAACUUAGAUCGAACAACGGGCAAUCAAAGAAUGAAUAAUCUAAUAACUCCACAAACUUCAGGGACCAUUAAUAUAGAAUCGCUUUUAACUGAUGAUAACUCAGUUUAUGAUAAACGAAAUAAUUUAGAUAUGUAUCAAAAAGGUAACUUACAACAAUAUGGAAUUAUGGUGGGGGAAGGAGAUUUUCAAAUACCUCAGCUUUUACCAUCAAGCGUUAAUGUUGAUGAAAUAAAUCCCAAUGAUCGUCAGUUUCGAAGGAAGUAUUUUAAAGGUAUGAAGUUACAACCAGCAUCAAUUAGCUCAAAUUUUAAUUGGGAUGAAAGGAAUCGAUACGAUGCGAAAACGCAACCUUCAGUUAUUGAUGGAAAGGCUACAACAGAAGAAAGUGGUUAUCUUGGAACUGUAUUUAGCUCGGCUGUUAUUAAUUUGGUUGGUAAUGGAUUUUUUUUACACGAUACAAGAAUAGAGGGGCAUAAAAAUGCCAUACGAAAUGGCUCUGAAUAUUCUCAACAAAAAUUAAGCAAGCAGAGGAUAGAAAAUUAUAUUGAACAAUAUUUUGAAACUUAUCACAUUUCAUAUCCUAUCAUUCAUAAACCUACUUUCAUGGCUCAAUUGAACGAAAUAAUUCCACGGCCGGAGCCGGAUUGGGAAAGCUUAUAUUACAUUGUUGCUGCAAUUGGCUCGUUUAUGUCAGCAACUUCACAACAAGAAAGUGAAGAUUUGGAACUUUUUGACAUGGCAAAAUCUAAGCUAUCAAUAGAUGUUUUAGAAACUGGUAAUAUCACUUUGGUACAGACGUUAACCUUAAUGUCUAAUUAUUUGCAAAAGAGGGAUCGACCUAAUUCUGGAUAUAAUUAUUUAGGAUUAGCUGUCAGAAUGGCAUUAGGACUUAGAUUACAUAAACAAAUAGAUGACUCAAAUGAAUCUAUUUUGGAUCAAGAAAUGAGAAGAAGAAUUUGGUGGUGUUUAUAUAUAUUUGAUUGUGGCCAAACAAUUGGCUAUGGAAGGCCAUUAGGUAUUCCAUGUUCUGGAAUUGAUACAAGGUUGCCAUUAAAUAUAUUGGAUUCAAACUUGACUGCUCUUAGUGUUAAGUUUCCCGAUGAAGAAGAACAACCAACUAUUUUUACAAGUGUUAGACUACAGUCUUUAUUUCAUUUGCUAACCAAUAGUAUUUAUGAAAGAAUCAUAACCGAUCCGUUCCCAUCUGCACAACUAUUAUUGGAUUGGGACAAGCUUUAUCUUGAAAGAUGGCGAAAAUUAAUACCUAAUUACUUUAAAAAAGAAGCUCACGUUUCUUUAAGAUUCAAACUUGCGCUUUUCGUACUUGAAUGGAGGUACAGAAAUUUGAAGAUUAUAAUGUUUCGUACUUUUUUGUUGAAAAGAGUUAUUUUAGAUCCAAAAAAGUUAAAUGCAGAUAAUGAAGAUACUUAUGAAUCACAAGCUGCAAAUUUAUGCUUAAAAGAAUGUAGUGAAACGAUUACCAGUAUGGCAAAAUUUUGGGAAGAAAAUACGAGAUACAACAGAAUGGAAGUCUGGUACUCUUUAUAUUUUUUGAUUCCUGCAGUUUUAAUGCCCUUAGUUUGUCUCCGAAAUGACCCAAUUUCAGAAUCUGCAGAAUAUUGGAGGUCUGAUAUAAUUUCCGCGCAAAAUAUUAUUCAGAAGUUAACAAAAAUCUGCCCUGCUGCUAGUAAGAUUUUGGAUCUUAUCAGUAUUUUAGGCGAAACACACCUUACGAACCAAGCACACGAAACUAAUAAUGAUAAUAAUAUUAUUCCAUCUUAUUCAACUUUAGGUACUGACGAAAGUCCAUUAUCUCAAUUAAACCAAUUGCAUGAGAUGUUAUGGCCUAUAUCUUUCGAUAUUGAUCAGCAAUUUUUGCAAUAA